AUGCAAAAACGGUGUAUUUCUUGCUUAUUAUUACUUUCUUGCUGCCUAAUAUCAGCUGAAGAAUUAGUGGUAACCACAAAAUAUGGACUCGUCCGAGGUUUCCCAAUACAGACUACUGAAGGCCAUAGAGCCAAUAUAUUUCUGGGGAUUCCAUAUGCUUCUCCACCAGUUGGGGAGCGAAGAUUUGAGAAACCGGUAGAAUUGAACAAAUGGGAUGAUGUCCUGAAUGCAACUGAAUUUGCUCCUCGUUGCAUCCCACAUGAUCGUUCAGCUGCUGAAGAACCAUAUUCUGAAGACUGCCUAUAUUUAAAUAUUAUUGCUCCAGCUAAUCAAUCAGAAGAUGGUGAGAAAAAGGCUGUAAUGAUAUGGAUUCAUGGAGGGGCUUACUGCAUAGGUAGUUCUAAGUUAUAUGGCUAUACUGGUAUCACUAACAAUUUCGCAUCAAGAGAUAUAAUUGUUGUAACUAUUCAAUACAGACUGGGACCUUAUGGUUUUUUGAGUGAUGGUAGUUCAAAUUUUCCUGGUAAUUAUGGACUAUGGGAUCAACAAGCAGCAAUAAAAUUUGUUAAAGAAAAUAUUGCUGCGUUUGGUGGUAAUCCUGAAAGAAUAACACUGUUUGGUUCAAGUGCUGGUGGAGCAUCUGUUAGUGCUCAUACGUUAUCACCUCAUUCUCGAGAUUUAUUCUUUGCCAGCAUUGAAAUUAGCGGAUCAAUUUUGGCUCCGUGGGCUUGCGGUGAGGAAGUAGUGGAUGACACCAAACAUUUGGCAACUGCUCUAAUGUGUCCAACGACUGGAACAGAAGGACUGAAGAACUGCCUGCGGACAAAAACUCCAGAUCAAAUUUUUGAAGCCAUAACAAAAACGGGCACUUCACGCUAUGGUUUUAACAUUGCUAAAUACCAGCCAAGGUUCGACGGUGACUUUUUCCCACAAGAUUUUGAAAGUUUGGCUGAAACAGCGCCUAAAAAACCAACAAUUAUUGGACUGGUGGAAAAAGAAGCUGCAUUUUUCACUAUUGAAGGAAAUUUGCCAUCAAUUCACCAACUUUAUAUAAACUCAGCAGAUUAUGAAACUUAUGGCGAAAACGAUGUAGUUGAUUUUAUCAAGAAAUUUGCUGCUCCUGAAAGCGUUUUUGAACAUAAAAGUCGAUUAGUGCAAAAGAAACUUGAAAAAUUUUAUUUGGCGUCAAAUGCUUCUGAAACAAGGGAUUAUAAGUUUUUCCUUGAGAGAUAUACGCAGUUAGCUUCUGACGCAAUGUUUAAUAUCCCAUGUAUUUUGAUGAAACAGUUAUUGGUCCGUAAUGACUGGCCAGUAUGGUUCUAUUUCAAUGUUCACUACAAUCCUACUUCAUAUAAAAGGGAUAUUCCUAUUAAAGGGGCUACUCAUCUAGACGAAUAUCCAUAUUUGUUUGACAUAACGCCAUACAAACAUUUUGAUUUGGAUGAUGAUGAUCGUAAAGUUCAGAAGGCUCUGCUAGAUACUUUUACCAGUCUUGCUAAAUUCGGAAACCCCUCAACGGAAGAUUACCAUUGGGAACGGAUAACUGCAGAUAAUCCAUUUCGGCAAUUUCGAUUUUCACCUCAUCCAGGAAUGCGCGAUACAUUUCUUGAAAAUUCUAUCAAAUUUUGGGAAAAUAUAUCUUCUGAAGGCUUUGAUAUUAUUAAAAGACGAUGUAAUUCUUGUGAUCUUACAAAAGAAGAGUUGUAA